GUGCAGCACACGAGAGACUCAAGAUGCAGCUCUGAAGAUGGACUGCAGCUUUUAACACACUGAAUGACUGGCACAGCAGAUUUUGUGCUUUAAAAAACAGGGGGAAAAAUGAGGCGUUCAUCUGUUCUGUGUGUCACGUUGAUCGCGUCUUUCUGCUCACUUGGAAGCCUUUUUCAAACUCCACAUUUACUGGGCAUCCCUGACUCAUUCAAGACAUCUCAAAGCCCGAGCAGAAGUGGUGUAACGAGCGAAGCUGUUUUUGUGGAGGGGAGCGGAUAUGAUGCUGGCGACGUGAAGUCACCACAAUGCAACACUGAGAGRGUCAUCCUAAAGGAGUCUGGGCGAAAACAUUUCAAGUCUGGAAUCACAUUAAGUACAAGACUAGCACUUAGUGCUCCCUCCUCAGAGGUUCACAACCCAGGAGCUGACUCAGCGAAUUCAGAUGCAGGAGACACUCACUCCUCUGGGAUCUUGGAGGAAACUAGUUUGGAUAAAAACCACAGAACAGCUGAGGAACAUAAGAGUCAUUCAUCCACCUUUCUGUCUGCAAGAAGGUUCCGGGUUCAAGUCCCACGUUGGGCCUGGGGUCUUAUGGAUGGAGACAAACUCCCAGUCCGAACCAGCUUGUUCACCUUUCUGAGCCACCCCAGCCUGUCAGGACCCAGAGGUCCCUGCGUGCUCGGUGUCGCAUCCUGUGCCGUUUUUAACAGCAUCAACGGCACCACUCUGCUCUGGGAUGACAUGAGGCGCACGCUGGCGUUUGCCUGGGAGCUGCAUGUGUUUGGAUCCGCCGCUCUCUUCGCACUGAUGGCCGUCCUGGCAGUUGUAGGAAUGGUUGGGGCUCGCACUCUUCCUCAUCCCUUCCGCGACGGCCUGACUCUGUCAAACGGCCUCCUGGUUCUGGGUGCUGCUUUGCGUGCCGCUCUCCUUCUCCUCGAUCCGUACGGCACCCGUCAGGUCCUUCCCCACGCCACUCUGGCAGCUCUUCAUAACGCUCCUCUGCAGCUUCUCCUGUGGACACAGGUUGCCCUCGCUCUAGUCUCUCUCAAAAGGUUCAAAUUGAUACUUUUCCCUUUAAAGUUGCAGCAUAUGUGGCUGGUGGGAUGGCUCGGUGUCACCCACUGUUCUGCUUUACUUACAUCUGAUUUAUACUCUUCAGCUUUGUCCCCUGCUGUUCCUCUUUUGCUGCAGACGCUCUCCCUCUGCUGGGGCGUCCCUUUUUGCUUGGGGAUCCUAACCAAGUCCUUUUCCAAUCUCCAACACUGCCCCAGCUCCUUUGUUCCGCAGUGGGUUCCGUCACAGAGGACGGAGAGGCUUGGGAAGCGAGUCGUAGCAGUGUGUGCCUUCCUUGGGGUGUUCUGCUGCAGUCUUCACAUGUAUAGCCUCCUCUGGCUGUAUGGGUUACUGGGGAACUGGAGGCGCUUCGGCUGGGGCUGGUGGCUCACUCAGUUCUGGGCCAGAAUACUUGAGUUAGCGUGGGGGUUCUCCAUGCUAUUUCUGGGAUCGUGGAUCUUCUGGACACCAUCAAAAGGCCGUGCGAAAGGCGGUCCAUGUCAGGGUAGAAAUGAGGUUUGUAAAAGGGUAGAGAAGAAAAGCUUGUGGCAGAAGAUCUUGGCUGGCGUGCAGAAAGGCCGGCUGAGAAAAUCAGAGAGGUCUUGGGAAGAUUUAAUGCCAAAUAACUGGGCAAAGUUGGACCCGUCUCGAGCAGGGAUCAGUAGCAGUCCAACGUAUGACGGUGAAGCAAGUACCAUUAAAUCAGACUACAGUUCUGAUCCUGUUAGCUGCAGCUCAGACUCUCAGACUGCAUUCCUGUGGCAAAAAGUUGGUGAGCGAGAAUGUGUCCUCUCGCUGAUAGAGUAUGACAUGCGGCCAUCGUCUCCCAUUAACCUCAGGCGCACCACUGAUAAUCUUUAUCAUGGACAGCUUGUAGCAGGAAGCAUGUUCACUCCUCCACCUCCAUCCUGGACGCAGACUACAGGCGCAGGUGGUGGCAGCGGCCCGACUGCGUUCCCUCCAGCUUAUGUCGGCUACAGGUGGAUGAUGGAUACAGAGUCUAUAUCUGCAUCUCUAGAUCACUUCCAGGCUAAAGAGCCCGCACAGUCYCCUGAUUGUAAUGGCAGCAUUGGGUCUCCGGCUGCUGGGCUGAAGGAAGAGGCGUUCUCAGCAGUUAUGCAUCAACCCGACUGGUCUGACGAUGACAUCACAGACCUCUGAGGUCUCCACUUCCACAAAAACCAUUCAAGAUGGAUUAUGAUGAAUCAGUUUGAAUUGUGAGGGUCUAAUUUCAACUUAAGAGAAAUUUUAUUUCAGUACUUAAGCCAGGAGCCAACACAUUAGUCAUUAAAACACAACAAAUUUUAAGGAUAUUAUAUUAUGUGUAUUUGUAGGAAAUUAUUUCACUUUUACUGGUUCCUCAGAAGUCUUUUUUAAAUUUAUUUUCAUUUUAUGAGUUUUAGCACACGUUGUUUCACAUAAAAAAGUUAGAGCAAAUGGCAGGAGUUUAUUUUUUGGAUWAUAUGAAAUUUUCAUGUUUGUUUUGUAUAUGCCAGUGUUGUUUAUGAGGCUAAAAAAAUACAAUUUUCAUCAAUUUUCGCACCAGCUGGAAUAAAUGAUUUAAUGUUUUUAUUAUUUGCAAAUAAAGAUACUUUAUAUAAAUCUUA